AUGUCAAUGUCCUCGUCAUCUUCAUCAUCAGAUUCUGAAUCUGAAUAUUCAAACCUACAACACAUACCAGAUGAAUGCUGGGAAUCAGUUUUCAAAUACCUCAGCGACCCUCUCGAUCACGAAUCACUCUCCCUCGUCUCAAGCCACUUCCUUUCCCUCACCAACCGCCUCCGCACCUCCCUCACCGUCUCCGACCAUGUCCUCCCCUUCCUCCCCGCCCUUCUCUGCCGUUUUCCCAACCUCACCUCCAUCAACCUCACGCACCACACCGGUGACCUGAACGAGCUCCUCUCCCAAAUCGCUUCCUCUCACUUACCCUCCCUCCGUUCCCUUGAUCUCUCUCAUCAACCCGCUUUACCUUCAAUUGCGUUGAGACAUUUCUCUCGAAAGUUUCCAGCUUUGAAGUCACUCAACUGUUCCUUCAUGGAUUCACUUACCGACAAAGAUUUGAACUUAAUUGCUGAGUGCUUCCCGAACCUCGAAGAAAUCGAUAUUAGUUACCCACGGAUCGCAGAUGCGGAAUCUCGUGUAAAGGCCUUGGCUUCAGGGUUUAAGAAGCUCCGAAAGGUGAAUCUUUCAGGUAGUCACACUGUUUGGUUCUCUUCUAUUUUUGAUCUGUGUAAGAAUUGCGAGUUUCUAGAAGAGUUAGUUCUUCUUAGUACGAACUUCAUUGGCCCAACAGGUCCAAUUGGAUUUGCAAAUGCGAUCCUCCAGAGACCUGAAUUGAGGUCUUUGGCUCUUGGCUGUUCGCAUGUUGGGUUUAUGAAUGAGGGUGAUGUGAUUUCAAAGUUCUUUGAAUUGGUGAGUUUGAAAGAGUUUACUUGUCUUGAAUUGUCUUAUUCGCCUUUAUCUGAUGAGUGUUUGUGUGUUGCUGCGGAAGAAGGCUUGCCAUUGAGGAAACUCUCACUGCCGGGUUGUUUCCAAUAUGGAUAUGGUGGGAUUUCUUCCUUGUUAAGAAAUUGUAACAAUUUGCAGCAUUUGGAUCUUCAAUGCACAGAGUUUCUUGAUGAUAGGUGUGUCAUUGAGCUGUCUAUGCUUCUUGGUAAUCUGAACUUUGUGAACCUUAGUGAGAAUUCGAAUCUUUCUGAUUCGAGCUUGUUCGCCAUCAUCCGGAACUGCCCUUUGAUAACUGAGAUCAGGAUGGAGAGAGCUGGUGUUGGGAAGCAGAAGGUGGAGAAGGAUUGUUUGGUUGUGAAUUCUCAUUUGAAGUUUCUCUAUUUGACUCGCAAUUCGUAUUUGGAUGAUGAAAGUGUCGAGAUGAUUGCUUCGGUUUGUCCCAACUUGGAGACAAUGGAUUUGAGCUAUUGUGAGAGGGUUUCGGAAGGUGCUGUUGAAGUUUUGAGGAGGUGUUGUAAGAUUAGGCAUAUGAACUUAGCUCGAUUAGGAUCAGAGCUGUUUUGGAUUGACUUUGAAAUUCCUACACUGUGUUCGUUGAAUUUGUCAUGGUUGCACAUUGGUGAUGAAGAACUCUCUCUUAUCUCAAAGAGAUGUCAUAGGUUGAAAGAACUAAAACUGGAUUUUUGUCAAAAGAUCACAGCCAAUGGGGUAAAUCAGGUAGUGGAAAAUUGCAAGCAGCUAAGGGUGAUAAGCUUGUUUUCUUGUGAGAAAGUGGCUGCUGAUGUUGUUGCUUGGAUGGUGUUCACAAGGCGAUCGUUGAGAAAAAUAAUUGCUCCGCCUCGAUUUCAUCUUACUGAGGGCCAGAGGGAUCUCUUCCUGCGGCAUGGAUGCAUUGUUUCCAGUGAUCUAACCAAUGUAACUGAUUCAUCUGCAAGGAACUAUGAACCUGAGUUGUUGGAGGCAUUUUUGUUUCCUUGA